GUGUCGUCUUGCUUCGUUUUUUCCUUUAUUGGUUUUUGGGAACUCCAACGGUCGACUUCCAAAUUCCGAUGCCCAGAUUCAAAAAAUUGGAGUUGCUCUGGCCUUUGCUCAUACAAUCCCAUCAUCCACUCUCUGUGCUUGAAUCAGAACCUUCUUCAUUGAAUCAUUGGGAUUCAUUUUCUCGGCAACCAAACAUAAAAUCAGAAAGAAAGCGAGAAAAUGGAGGAACAUGACACCAAGGAGAAAGAGAUAUCACCCGCCUCCUCCGAGAAAGAGCGAAGAACAACAGCGGUUAUUCAGAUAAACUCAGAUUUUUAUUCUUCAGAGGAAGAUGAUGGGAGCCCGCUGAGACCCAUUUUUUGCCUCAAGAGAAAGAAUAACGCGGACAUCAAACGCAUCGAAGAAACCCAGGACUGCUUCAUCUUGGAUUUCGACCCUUUUGAGUCCAUCGACCUCUCCAAGCUUUCUGUUAACAACAAUCCUUCGGAUGUUGAUGCUGAUUCUGAUGGUGCUACUGAUAUCUCUGUGAUUGCUGAAAAAGGCCAGGUGGCUUGUAGAGAUUAUCCGCAUUCAAGGCAUCUCUGUCUGAAAUUUCCCUUUGAGACAACACCUCAUGACAAUCACUGCAAGCUGUGUUACUGUUAUGUUUGCGAUUCAGCCGCCCCGUGCAAAUAUUGGACAGAGUUUAAACCAGCACAUUGCCAUGCUUCGGAGCAUGUUGGAGAUUGGACAUACCAAAGGAAUUUGAGGAAGCAGCAGCCAGCAGUUUGAAAAUUAAGAUGUUCUUGAUUCUUCCUGUUGUACUGCAGUAGAUGGUAUACGACAAAGAAAAUGUUUGGGCAGAUAGGUUCUGUUUUAUGCAGAAGUCCUAUCAUUCGAAGCGGAAUAUGUACCAUCCUUUCUUCAUCUUGGGUUGUUCACAUGACAUAUGUAGAUAUUCUAAUAUUUUUAAAGGAUGGAGAGAUUUAAGGUCAAAUGAAUGAAAUCCAAUUAUUUCAUUUUG